ACCAAUUUCAGCAUAAUAGUCAAUUAUGUGCUAAUUGUUUUCCCAAAAUCUACAAACCUAUGUGCAAUCAAUCGUAUUUAGAAUUAAACUCGUUCAGUCCAAUGUAUUAGUGUAUUGCACGCGUGUGGCGCGCUUAUGCAGUUAGUGAAUGAAUGUCUAUAAGCAUAUAAUCACGGAUAGGAAAUAUUGGUGCGUCAAACAGAUUAUGAAAUGCUGUCGUCAUUUACGAAGCUAACACACCUAUUGACUAUUAUAACUUGAUAAUAAAGCGGAUUUGUCAGCUAUUAUCCACGAGCGAAUUACAACUUCAAAUUGUACAUAAAUAUUUAUAAAGCAGCCUAAAGUGAUACGUCAAAAUAGGUUAUGUUUUGAUAUUCAUUCAGCAACAGAGGAUUCCUAACCCAACGUUUCGAAGCUGCGAAUGUUUUUAUUGUCAAUUUAUACGACGAGGUUAGAAUAACUUACCGGGAGAGGCUCUUUAUACUAAUCGAAUAAUUUAACGAGGCAUUUCCGGUAAUUUUAUGACCGCUUGCGACAGUAUUUCUUUUCUUCUUUCAAUUUUUCAUCUCUCGUGCAGUCGUCAGCUUGCGCCGUAGACAAAAGAGAAAGAAAUAAUAACAAAAUGCCCCUGAAUCUGUUAUUUUGGCAUGUAUUAUUUACAAGUAAGAGCCUCGUGGAAACGUGACAUCCCGACAACAUCGUCGUCAUCGUCGUUAUCGUCGUUGUCCGAAGAAAACAAGGAAUGACAAUUCGACGAACAUCCAUCCUCGACAAAUGAUUCGUAAAAUGCGAAAAGAGGGUCGCGAUGACCGCCGUCUCGUUUGAUCGCUAUGAGAAAUUGUGGCUGAAGGAAGUUGCGUGCGCCGAGGUCGGCGCCGAGAAAGACAAGUGUCCCCUGAACGAGUGUCCUUUCUGUAUCACCAGUGCUCCGAAUGAGAUUUGUGGUGGAGCGAGGCCCCUUGGGGCAAACGGUUACGUUCCGCAUAUCAACAAUCACGACACGAAUGGCGUUAAUGCGCCUGCCACUGUACCCUUGUGUAUUCUUGGCGAGGUUCAAUUGCGCUUCCUUUGCCCCGACGAUCUGGAGGAGGUACGAGCACUUUGUCAAGACUGGUUUCCCAUAGAUUAUCCUUAUUCGUGGUACGAAGACAUAACGAGUUCCUCGCGUUUUUAUGCUCUUGCUGCAGUGUACGGAGGAGUCAUUAUUGGUCUGAUUGUAGCUGAGAUCAAACCUUAUGCUAAGCUCAAUGAAGAAGAUCGUGGUAUCCUUUGUUCCAGCUUUGGAAUAGAUUCUCUAGUCGGUUAUAUACUUAGUCUUGGCGUUAGAAGAGCCUAUCGCCGUAAUGGUAUAGCUUCGCUUCUUUUGGAACAAUUGUUGGCUCACGUCACUGCACCAGAACGCUCAUCCGUUAAAGCAGUUUUUCUUCAUGUUCUGUCAAGUAACACUCCAGCCAUUCAUUUUUAUCAGAGAUGCCACUUUCGUUUACACAGUUUUCUUCCAUAUUAUUAUUAUAUCAGAGGAAAAUGUAAAGAUGGCUUUACCUAUGUUCUUUAUAUAAAUGGUGGACAUGCCCCUCGAGGUCUUUGGGACUGGAUGAGAUAUUUAGCUGGCUCUGUUGCCAGAUUAGCUCCUUGUCGUGUUCCACGAUGGAUUUGGAAACGAUUAUUAUGGGCAGCUACGUUAUUUUUUUACCACAGAUGAUGUCAUUGUAAUUUAAUUAUUCUUCUUUCUUUAUUUUACCAAAGUUCAAUUAUUCAUGGAAAUGAAUAAUAAGUACAUUUAAGGUCUAAA